GAGGAAGUCAGAGACUGAGAGAGGAGGUGGACGUGGUUGUUCUCUUUAGUGUAUUGUGUGGGCAUUGGACUAUUGUUGUUAGGAGCUGACUCCAGGGACCAGAGGCCUGAGAUAUGGUUAGACAUCUGCACAGGUAAAAAAAAAAAAAAAAACUAAACAAAAAAACAAUUUACGCCGGAAAACUUUUAUCUAAACUUUUGCAACAUGGAGCUGGAUAAACAUUCUGUCUGGGGAUCUCUUAAAGAAAAAACACGUCCUUUAUUUCAGAAUUUCUCCAUUAAAAAAACAAAGAGAAGCUCACACAAAGAAAUGGACAUACGUAAAAGACACUUCUUGACUCAGCGAAUGAGCGUUUCAGUCCCUGAUAUGAUGGACAUUGGAUGCUCAUUCCAAGAAGAUGAGGAAUAUAUACACACUCAGAACUCUACUACAUCCAACAGCCACAUUUCUCCCCUGGUGACACACAGUAGACAAAAACAUUAUAGUAAGCACUCAGAAAGCAGCACCUGGGUGGAAGAGAACAGUAUGCGUGUGGAAAUUAGAGUGACGGAAGUCCUGGACUCUUCAGAAUCUGAAACCAAAGAGGAGGAGGAACCUUGUGAUGAUGAAAGUAUUCUAGACUUGCUACAUCAGGAAUGUAUGGGUGAUGACAUGUCUGAUAAAAUGCUUGAGGAUCCAUCAGGGAGCAUUGACUUGAAUUCUUCAAUAUCCUCACGUCAGUCGUUCGAGAUGGGUGGCCUUGAUGAGAGCUUGAGCAAUAUUUCCAGUCUUACGUCUUAUCUCUUGACCAUUCACCUUCAAGAAGGUCGGAAUUUGGUCAUCAGAGACCGCUCAGGUACCAGUGACCCUUACGUUAAAUUUAAGCUCAAUAAGAAGACAUUGUAUAAAAGCAAGGUCAUCUACAAGAAUCUGAAUCCUGUCUGGAAUGAGACCUUAGUGCUUCCAAUCCAAAAUCUAGAUCAGAAACUUCACAUUAAGGUAUAUGAUCGAGAUUUAACAACAGAUGAUUUCAUGGGAUCUGCCUUUUUAGAGCUACAACAUCUUGAGCUAAAUAAAACUGAAGAAAAAGUAUUCAAGCUUGAAGAUCCAAACAGCUUGGAACAGGAUAUGGGUGUGAUAAUAGCAAAUGUUACUCUGUCUAUAAGGCUGAGGGAUCCUAAAAAUAAUAGGUGGCCUUCAAGGAAAAUCCUUGGUGUUUCUAAGGCAACCUCCAUGCAGAGUUUGCAACUGUCUGAAUCCUUCAAAAAGAGUCAGCUGUGGAAUGGAACAGUCGGUAUCACUUUGUUGGAAGGGAUAAACCUUUCAGAAGGUGCCAAUUUGGAAACUUUUGUAAGGUUCAAGCUUGGCGAUCAGAAGUACAGAAGCAAGACCUUGUGUAAGAGUGUGAAACCUCAGUGGAGAGAACGUUUUGACUUCCAUUACUUUUCUGACAGAAUGGGAAUUUUGGAUAUAGAAGUAUGGGGAAAAGAUAAUAGAAAAUCUGAGGAGCUAUUGGGGAUGUGUAAAGUUGAAAUUGCUGGUUUACCCAUUGGACAGACCAGUCGCAUGGAAGUUCCCCUGGAUAAUAACCAAGGGUCUAUACAUCUGAUGAUUACACUUACGCCUUGUGUUGGUGUCACCAUUUCUGAUAUAUGUGUUUGUCCAUUGGCUGAUCCAGUUGAAAAAGAAGAGAUCAACAGUAGAUAUUGUUUGAAAAACACAUUACAGAAUUUAAGAGAUAUUGGCUUUUUACAAGUAAAGGUUUUGAGAGCAGAAGACCUUUUAGCAGCAGACUUUUCAGGCAAAAGUGAUCCUUUCUGUGUCCUAGAAGUGGGGAACGACAGGCUACAGACACAUACUGUUUAUAAAAACCUCAAUCCAGAAUGGAACAAAGUUUUCUCAUUCCCUGUUAAAGAUCUCCAUGAUGUUCUGGAAGUAACAGUUUUUGAUGAAGAUGGUGAUAAGCCACCUGAUUUUCUUGGGAAAGUUGUGAUACCUUUGCUCUCUGUAAAGAAUGGGCAGCAAGUGGCUUAUUUAUUAAAAAACAAAGACUUGGGGAGUGCAUCGAAAGGAGUUAUUCAUUUAGAAAUUGAUCUAAUUUUUAAUCCAGUAAGAGCGAGUGUGAGAACAGUUCACCCAAGAGAAAAGCGUUUUGCAGAAGAAAACCCAAAGUUUUCUAAAAAGAUUUUAUCGAGGAAUGUUUACCGAGUGAAAAAAAUCACCCUGGCAAUCUGGAAUACCAUGAGAUUCAUUAAGAGCUGCUUUCAGUGGGAGUCUACGAAAAGGAGUGUAAUCGCAUUUUUAAUAUUUGUAAUAACUCUGUGGAAUCUGGAGCUUUACAUGGUCCCUCUGUUCCUGUUACUUCUCUUUGCUUACAAUUUUGCCAUGAUUACAUCUGGGAAGGUUAGCACUCAAGACAACCUGGACGGAAUGGAUAUUGGAGAGGAUGACGAAGAUGAUGAAAAAGAGUCUGAAAGGAAAAGCAUUAGAGAACGCAUACUUAUGGUACAAGAUAUUGUUAUAGCCGUUCAAAAUAUCCUAGAAGACCUUGCCUGCUUUGGGGAGCGAAUUAAAAAUACAUUUAACUGGACUGUUCCUUUCCUGUCUAUUCUUGCCUGCUCAAUACUUAUGGUUGCAACUGUGAUCAUGUACUUUAUACCAUUAAGGUAUAUCAUCCUAAUUUGGGGCAUCAACAAAUUUACAAAGAAGCUCCGGAACCCGUAUGCCAUUGACAAUAAUGAGUUUCUAGAUUUCCUCUCCCGCGUACCAUCAGAUGUUCAGAAGGUGCAGUAUGUUGAAUUAAAACCAAGCAGCAACCAAGGUGCCCUCAAGAAAAAGAGAAGCGGGUUAUAGAAAAGAAGAGAGACUGGGCCUAUAGGACUUAAACACUUGCAAUAAAAUGGUAAAAUCAACACUAAUCUAUGUAUAAGUCUGGUUCCUAUUGAAAAACAAAACAAAAAACAAAUUGAGGCCAGCCUAGAAAAGGGUAUAUGUACCUUUACAACCAUAUCCCAUGUGUAUUAAAUCCAAAAACUACUGCCAGCACUGGUGAUUCAGCCCAACCUGUUCAUGAAUGUACCAAUCCAUGGGGUAUGAGCUUUUUUUUUUUUUUUACAUGAUGUACCAAUGAAAUGAGGCAGAGCCUGGUUUUAUUUAUGCUUUAAUAAUGGUACAUUGUAAGUCUGUAUAUUUUUGUAUAGAUAGUAAACCAAUCAGUCAGUCAAGUCUAAAACUGCCUUAAAGUCCUCUUUUUAGACCUGUUAAGAAUAAUGGCUAGGGAAUGUAGGUUCUACUUUAAGCUUUAUAUUGCUUUAUAGGCUUUAGCGUAACACCUUAAGUGCAUUCCUCUGUUCUUGAACUGGUGGUAUAACCAAAAAUAUAGGUAUUUGUGUAUAAAUAAGUGUGUGUGUGUAAAUUAAUAAAUACAUUUACUAAUAUAUACAUAUAUAUAUAUAUAUAUAU